AUGCAAGUUUAAUAUGGCGCAGUACCAAAUCCAUAGGCAUUAGGAAAUGCUAUUGGAAAUGCCAUAGUUGGAUAAAUACAAUAAUAUGGAGCUUAGUUUUUCACAGCAGAUCCAUUUGCAGGAGUGAAUUUUAUGCUCAUUGAUCAAAAACCAGACUGCGUAGAAUGCAUAUGUCCAUGCAUCGGGGAAAAGAAAAACAGCUAUCAGAUUUCAGUCUCUGAACAAACAGGACACCUUGCUUAAUAGUAGCUUGGAAUUAUAAAGGAAGAAUCCGAAUGUGCUCAAAGGUUCUUUUGUUAAUGCUGGAGAGCAUUAGAUCUAUUAUUCAUCAACAAUUAAAAUUAAAUCAUGUUUAAAGCACAACGAAUUUAUAAAGUUCCUUCAGUUUUAUGUUUACCAUGUGAGAGACCAGAAAUGGUUGUGUCUCGUGACUCUGAAGUGAUAGGAUAUCUCAAGUAACCCUUCAUGUGUUGUGGAAGAUCAGAAUGCCCAUUACCAAUCCUUGAAGAGAUUGAUAUUUGCGACCCCUCAGGCAAUACAAGGUAUUUCAUUUCUGGAGAAUUUGUUCAAUGCGGUUGCAUUACAAGAAUUUGUGCCAUACCAAGGUGUACAGGUCCUUGUUAAUAUAUUGACUAUGACAUUUAUAAUCCUAUGAAAUAGAAAGUAGGAAGAAUUAGAAAUAUUUUUAAUGGUUGCGCAUAAGAAUAUUGUAGCAAAGCUGAUAAAUUUUUGGUUGAAUUCCCACCUCAAUGCACAUCUUAAGACAAAUGCCUAAUUCUUUUUGCUGCUAUCACAAUUGAUUAUGAUAACUUUGAAUACACAUUUUGCAAUUUGCCUUGAAUAUUAUAAAUAAAGUAUUUUGAGUGAUUUCAACAAA